AUGGCUGCUCAACAGCCCGAUAUCCAUUUUAUUGGCACCUAUACCCGUUACUCCAGCUGGACCAGUCGGGUGGAGGCCGUCCUGGAGUACUUCAAAAUUCCGCACACUUGCCAAUUCAUCAAGCUUUCUGAUGUGAAAACGGUGUCCCCAUCCGGAUACGUACCGUUCCUGGAAUGCCGCUCCCUCGGCAAUACCAGAAUCUGCGACUCGCUCGCAAUAUGCGAGUUCCUUGCCGAGUCGCACCCUGAACUUCCUCUUUGGCCUCGUGAUCGCCAAUUGAGGGCCCUCGCUCGCAGUGCUACUGCGCAGAUGCAUUCUGGCUUCUCCGCUAUCCGAAACUCGUUCUCCACGAACUUCCUGGCCCAUUAUACCGGCAACGUUCCGAUUUCCGAUGCAGCGCACCAGGAAAUCCAAAAGAUGCUGAACCUUUGGGACACCGCUCGGAAAGGCACCAAGGAGCGCCUUGCGGUACUAGGAGAGGUCGAUGAAGGGUUCCUGUUUGGAGGAUUUAGCAUUGCUGAUGCCUUUUUCUGGCCGGUACUUACGCGAUUCCGAACGUACGGCCUUCCCCUGGAUGGGGCUAGCGAGGACACUUUGGAGUGGAUGGCCAAGAUGUGGAACGAUCCUGUGUUCAAGGCAUUGGCGCAUCGGUAUUAUGAGCAGGCCAGAGACCCAGAGACUCGCAUUGAGCAUUAUGAUGAUGUCUUCCGGGGUCAGGAUGAUAUUCAGUAUAGCCAAUUUCCCGAGGACUGGACAUUUACUGUGCCUGGCAAAUGA